AUGAAGUUCCAACACUCGUUCUUCGCCGCGCAGGCGCUCUUCGCCCUGCUCAGCGCGGCGCCCGCCGCUGCCCAGUCCGUCACCCUCCAGGAGUUCGCCGACGCCUUCCGGCAGCUCGGCUACACCGCUUUCGCCGAAGUCAUCCUCAGCAGCGACGAGAUCCAGGACCGCAUGACCAGCGGCGACGACUCCUACUUCACCGAUCUGGCUGUCGGCGUCCCCGAGAAGAACCAGGCGCCGCCGCUCGAUACCAGCGGCGGACGCCGUCGCCAGGCCCGAUCCCUCGCCGGGUCGUACCAGAUGAGCAACCCCCCGAGACGGGCAAGGAAGCGCGGCUACUACGAGGAGGAGCCCGACAUCCCCACCGGUGUUCGCCAGUCCUGGUUGGAGGACCCGAGCGUGGUCAAUCUCGGCUGCGGCAUCGGACAGGCCACAGUGAACAAGGGUUCCGGCCAGGACGUCGAGGUCGCCGUCGGUCUCGGCAAGACUGUCAAGUCCACCGGAAAGGUCGUCAAGUUCAAAUACGGUAUCAUCUACGAGGUUGAGAGCUGGUUCACCAUUCCCCUCACCUUCUCCGACACCGCAUGUGCCGUAGGCGCCGAGAACUUCCUGGAUGCCGCCAAGGAGCAGGGCGUCGUCGACACGAUCGACAACACCACCUCCAUCACCAUCUUUGCGCCCAAGAACCCCACAAAGAGCUGCAACGUUCUCGACUACGUCGUCGCUGACACUGUCGAAUACUCUCCUUACCUCUCGGCUCGCACCUACACCGCCAUCUCGGGCGCCAAGAUCGUGGUCACCAAGGACAAGGACGGCAGCUUCCGUGUCAACGGAGACAAGAUCGCGCAGACGGACAUCAUGCUGAAGAACGGUGUCAUGCACACUCUUGACAACAAGAAGACCUACAAGAGCUACAAGGAGGUCCUCAAGGUCCCCACGGACGUCCUCAAGGACCUCAAGGACAUCCACAAGUCCAAGCGUGAUGAAGUCCCAGAGUACGCCGUAGAGACCCCCGAGUACACGACCGCGGCACCCACCCACCCGUCGUAUUACCCGCCUGCAGACACCACCACCGACUGCGAGACCACCACCUCCACGUAUGAGACCACCACCACCGACUGCGAGACCACUUCCGUGUAUGAGAGCACUCUCGUGUACGAGCCUGAGACUACUCCCGUCUACGAGACCACCACUCCCAUUUACGUGCCCGAGACUACUCCCGUCUACGAGCCCGAGACCACUCCCGUCUACGAGGCCACUACUCCCGUCUACGAGCCCGAGACCACUCCCGUCUACGAGGCCACUACUCCCGUCUACGAGCCCGAGACCACUCCCGUCUACGAGACCACCACUCCCGUCUACGAGCCCGAGACCACCCCCGUUUACGUGCCCGAGACCACUCCCGUCUACGAGCCUGAGACCACCCCCGUGUACGAGCCCUCUACUCCCGUGUACGAGCCGUCUACCACAGUCUACGAGCCAACCACCGCCGUCUACGUUCCCCCGGUCUACGAGACCACGCCCGUUUACUCGGUCCCCGUGCACAACACAACCAUGACAUACGCAACCACGCCCUCGUCCAGCACCUACGCACCCAGCAGCACCGACACGCCCACCUACACCUCCAACAGCACCUCGCCGACGUUCACCUCGCCGCCCAUCGAGUCGCUCCCUGUCGGCGGCGGCGCAAGCACUAUUCGCGCUCAUGCCGCGCUCGUCGCUGGUGCUAUCGCUGUGCUCGCGUUCCUUAUGUAA